CCCUGAACUGGGGUUGUGCGAUGAAUAAUGAGCAUCUAAUUAAAUGAUGAAAUAUCUGAAAACACAGAACAGUAUCUUGAUAUAAUCUGAUGAGCGUCAGAAAGCAGAGCAAGAAGAAAGAAGAACCAACAAUCCCUCCUCUCUCGAGCCGCUCAAUCUGCAUAUCUGGUCAGAUCCCUCCCACAGAUAACACUCUUAUAGAUGUGCGACAGAGAACCUCCUCCUCUUCCUCCUCCUUCGACAGACUCUGGUGCACUCCCUACUCUUCACUAGAACAGAUCUACGCUUCUUCACAAUCCUCCCUUCUCAGCAUCCCUUCCCUGGAGCGACUAUCCCAGAACUCGCUAGAUAGAGUUGAGAAGUUUGAGGAUGCAGUAACUUUCCCCCGACCUCAACCUCGAGUUAUAGCCCCAAUAAGAACAGUGUCUCUGUGUAACAAAGUACCUUCGGAACGUUUAGUGUCUGGGCUGCAGCUGGGAGAUUUACAUUCUAAUUUCCAAAGUCUGGAUUCAGAUGCUGGUGCUACUGUAACCCCUGCCGUUACCCCUGUUGCUCCUGUUGCUCCUGUUGCCCCAAUCCGAACAACAUCGAAUAAUCCCCUAAAUCGAGGGAGUAGUUUCCAACCUGCCUCAAGUCGAAUAAGCAGUUUCCAACCUCCUCUCAGUCGAAUAAGUAGUUUCCACUCUUUGGAUGAUGAUGUGUCCAGCCCAAUUUCUACCACGACAUUCUCUCACUUUACACUGGACCAAUCUUGUGACACCACCCAGCUUCGCGUUCAACCUCAAGCUCCUCCAAGGAACGCGUCUCUCCAUCCCAACUCAAAGUGGAGUAAUGAUAGAGAAGACAGGAUAAGAGAAGAUAGAGAAGUGAUUGCUAAUUUACUCUCUUUGCGAGGGGAGCCGACUCACAGUAAAUGUAAUCAGAUGAGAGCUAGAGGGAGGAGGUCACCUGAAACGGACUCUCGAACAACUCUCCAUUUAGGAGAGUGUACUAUUCAGAUCAAUGUCACCAAGCCACCUUCCCGCUCUAGCUCUGAGAAGAUGGAUGCCGCCUCACGGCCCCGUCCGUCGCCUCAAAGUCUGGCGCCGCCAAUGCCGGCUCCUGCUCCAGUGCCGUCGCCGGAACCCGGCAAAAAGGACAAGAAGGAUAAAAAGAAGGAUAAGAAAGACAAGAAGGGAAAGAAGAAAGGUAUCUCCAAGGCUGAUAUCUCUGGUCCUUCCAACUUUCAACACUUGUCUCAUUUGGGUUGGGACAAGGACAAAAACCAAUUCGAUGAAUCUCAAAUUCACCCCGCGUUAAAAGACUUGUUAGAGACGGCCGGCAUUAAAGCGACUGCACUGAAAGAUGAGGGAACGGCUGAGUUUAUCAAGACAUUCGUAGAGAGUCAUGGUGGUAUGGACACCUUGGUGAAAGAGAAACAAAGACGAGCUACUAUUAGAGAUGUUUCAGCCCAAAGUCAUGGUAGAGGACCGCCGCCAGCCCCUCCUUCAAUGGGAGGACAUAACGCGCCGCCCCCACCGCCCCCCUCAGGGGGUCACACCAGAGCCCCUCACGCCCCCUCACGAGGGGGCCCCCCUCCUCCUCCUGGCAGACAGGCGCAGCCCCCACCCCCAGUAUCAAGACAAGGACGGGGACCACCCCCUCCACCCUCGUCUCGAGGGGCUCCACCCCCACCAUCACGAGUAGGAGGGGGACCACCCCCGCCCCCUCCUGCUGUUAGAGCUCCUCCUGCUCCAGCUGCUCCGCCAGCACCCAGAGCACCCCCAGCACCCAGAGCCCCUGCUGCACCGAGAGCUCCUGCUGCACCGCAGGCUCCCUCUGUCAGAGCUGUGGCUCCUGGUGCACCGCCGCCCCAGUCUGGCAGAGGAGGGCUACUGGCCGAAAUUCAAUCGGGAAAAGCUCUUAAAUCAGUGGACUUGGUGUCUACUAAAAGUAGUGAUGAUGGUGGUGGUGGAAAUGAUCUGCUGUCAGCAAUCAGGAACUUUGGUGGUGCUGCUGGUGGUCUUAAGUCGGCACAAAAUGCGAGACCAGAGGCCGAGCCCGAACAAAAUGACGAGUUAGAAGGAAUGGCAGGAGCUUUGGCUAGAGCCCUGGCAGGGAGAAACAAAGCACUGGCCCAAGAUUCUGACCAGGACAGCGAGGAAAGUGAUGACGAUUGGUCUGACUAAAGACGGACUGUUCCCGGCAUGGACUAGACACAGUUCGUGUGUCCACAAUUCUGUUUUAUAUUGGAUGUGUAUUAUACAAGACGAUUUUUGUCAGUGGGUCUAAAAUUAAACAUUUUGAUAAAAAGAUAUUUUGUGAUGGACAGUCCAUGACAAUUUUAGUCCAUGCUCUAUUCUAUGUAAAUAUGUAUCUUAUCAUUAUUAAGCGAUUUAAAAGUGAACUUUACUCACGAAAGCAUGUUCCUACGGAGAUGAAUUUGAAGGGACCUGUGUCUAUAAGGACAGUUCAAGGAUUUAAUUAUCUAGAUAGUAGAUAACAUUUUGAUUCGUGAAGAUCUUCACUAAAUAAAAAGUAGACUCAGGUCUCUAUUAAUCGAUAUUCAGUAGAACAGUUUCUACAAAGGAGAGUUCUGACGUUUCAUUUUUAAACCGACUGACUUCUUGCAAUACAAGGAAUAAUGGACUGUAAAUGUAUUAUUUUGAAGAGUAUUUCUUGUCAUGUAAUGUAAACUUCCUGUUAUGUAUCAUUUUGCUAUUAAA